CCCUGACAGAUGCGGAAGAUCUGUGUAGUUUAACACUUCAGCUCGCAGUUUAAUGAGCUAACGUCGACCUGUGCCUUUGACAGCAACCGCAGAAGCGUCGCCUGGGUGUGAGCAGUGAAGCAUGGCUGUGUUUGAGGACUGCUCUGUGCUCCUGGAGCUGAAAAACUUGCUCAUCAAGGAGAAGAAGAAGCUGAAGUCAGCAGUAACAGAGAAUGGAGGCAGCAUUUGCUUUGUGGUCAACAAGCAGUGCUCUCUGGUAGUAGUCAGUGAUGUGUCCAACCUGAGCACCAGCAGGCUGCGCAGCAUCCAGAAAUACCACACGCCCGUCGUGGGAGUGGAUUAUGUGUGGCGCUGUCUGGAGAGAGGAGUCCUUCUGUCCGUGGAUGAAUACAAGCUGGACACUUCCUCUCUCUCCGCUUUUCCGCCUCUUCUUCCUCCUCCUCGCUUCUUACAGAGGCCACCGUCACAUCAAGUGUCCAAAGCACCACAGAGCAAAGCAGACGCUGAGCUGCCCAGAGGCCCAGCCAAGCCCGUGGACUCUGUCAGCCUGACUCAGAGUGCAGAGACUCCCGAGAGGAGCGGAAACAUCCUGGGACAGUUCAGAAUUUAUGCUGAAACUGAUUUUGACCUCCCAACGUAUCCCGAUAGUUUUCAAGUGGCCAAGUAUUCAAUCUUGCAAAAGAUAAAGAGCAAUGCUUGGUGUGUGCUGGAGCUGCAGAGUUUCAGAGGGGACACGGGUUGGCAGUACCGUGUGGUCAAGUACUGGAAGGACGAUAUAGGAACCAAGAGGGCGGCUGUGAGGGAUAUCCUGGUGUUCCUGUCCACCUCAGAGGAAGCUCUGGAGGUGUACAAGACCCUGAGAGAGACCCUGCAGGCUGCUGGUCUGCAGCUGAGGAGCAGCAUCCCGCCGCAGGCCCAGGAUCUGGGCUCUGCCCCCCUCCAGCAGCUGCUGCUGGAGGAGAAGCUGAACACAGGACGCUUGUCGCAGGAAGUGGGCGUGUUUGUGGAGCUGCUGUGGACCGAGGCCCUUGGCUGCCUUAACGACAUCCUGCGUGUUCCAGUCAACAAGCUCAGCAUCAAUGAUGUUAGCAGGGCCGAGGGCUUGUUGCUUCAGGCUCAGAGGAAACUGAGGGAGGCAAAACAUGUUGAGGUGUUUUCUCUCCUGUCAGAAGUUUGCAUUCUUCUGCCGCACGGAGACAUCAACAUAGUUCCCGAUGCCAGGUUCAUCUCUCAGAAACUGGACCUCUGUCAGUUAAUAAGAGACGUUCUGAGCGUGAGCGAGAUGACGCUGAGAAGCCCCGUGCCUUCCUGUGUGGGGAAGUACCGCGCUCUGAGGUGCAGCAUCGACUCCGUUCCUCCCGGCAGCUCCGAGUUUCAGGCUGUGACCUCACUGCUGCAGGACAGCGAGGUGCAGGUCCAGCGGGUCCUGCGUGUCAACAGAGUGGUGGAGCUUCAGAACUUUAAGAGCGAUCUCGGGAACAUUAAGCCCCUCCUCCAUUCGUCCAACUCCAGCAACUAUGUGGGAAUCCUGUCUCGUGGCCUACUGCUGCCCCGUGUUGGAGUGAAGCAUCAUGGGAUAGAGAGAACAGACUUUGGUCAUCUGGGCAGUGGAAUCUACUUUAGCGACGCUGUUAGCACCAGUUUGAAAUACUCCAGGCCCAGUGUGACAGACGGCUCCCGGCUGCUGCUGGUGUGUGACGUGGCGCUGGGACAGUGCAGGGAUGUCCUCAAGAGAGACCCCACACUGAGCCAGGCUCCUGAGGGACACCACAGUGUGCACGGCGUCCGCCACACCCCUAAAACUCCCUCUGAGUUUCAGGAUGAUGAGUAUGUAGUGUACAGUCCUGAUCAGGUGAAACUGAAGUAUGUGGUUCAGUUCAGCAUCAAGGGGGACCAACUAAAGGAGUUCAGUCCUGCUGUCAACACCUCGGCUGAGCCGGGUCUGCCCUCUUCUGACCAAGAGCUCAUUUCGGAGGACAGCGGGGUUGAAAGCAUUAAAAACCCUCUGGAGGACGUGACUGCUGGACUGUUGGACAGCUCUGGGAAGCAGCUCCCUCUGCAGGCCGUCCACAUGAAGUGCAAACUCAUGGAUCUGCUCUCUCAGGUCAUCAUUUUCCAAAAAUACACCAACCUGAGCUCUGUGCCCAUUGAGGCAAAGUAUGUCUUCCCACUGGCUGAUUCUGCAGCAGUGUGUGGAUUUGAGGCUUUCAUCAAUGGGAAACAUGUGGUGGGACAGGUGAAGGAGAAAUGGAAGGCUCGCAAGGAGUACAAGCAGGCUAUUGAGAAAGGCCAUGGAGCCUACCUCAUGGACCAAGACGCUCCCGAUGUGUUCACCAUCAGUGUGGGCAAUCUGCCUCCCGGUGCGACUGUCCUCAUUAAAGUUACCUUCGUGUCUGAGCUGAUCGUCAGGGAUGGGAGUAUUCUCUUCUCCCUGCCUGGGAGUGUGGCUCCGUGGCAGGAGGGUGCAGCGCUCAACCAGACAACACAAGUCAGUGUGAAGAAGGUGUGUGUGACUGAUGAGGAGUCAAGCACGAGAGAGUUCACCCUGGACGUGUCCAUUGAGAUGCCAAAUGAGAUCAGCAGCCUGAAGUGCAGCACUCACAAAAUCAAGAUGAAGAGAACAGACUGUAAGGCUGUGCUGAGUGUGUUGCCAGGAGAGGUCAUGGGUCCAGAGGGUUUCCAGCUGUCGGUCACUCUGUCUCAGGUCCACCAGCCCAGGAUGUGGGUGGAGAAACACCCUGACAAGGACAGCCAGGCCUGCAUGUUGGUUUUCUAUCCAGACUUCGCCGUUAACUCCUCUUCAGCAUCCGAUGAAGUCAUUGUGUUGCUGGACACGUCUGAGUCCAUGAGGGGAGAGUCUCUCCAGAUGGCCCAGAGAAUCGCCCUUCAGGUCCUCAGAACCCUCGACCACAACCUCAGACUCAAUGUCAUUUUGUUUGGCACAGAUCACACAGAGGCUUUCCUGACAACACAGCCACUGGUUGAAGCCUGUCAGGCAGCUGAGAGCUUCAUCAAGCGCUUUUCUCCAGUAGGGGGCAGCACUGAGCUGUGGCGGCCCCUGCGAGCUCUCAGCCUGCUGCCUCCGUCUCGCGGCGUCAGGAACUUGCUGCUGCUGUCGGACGGCCACAUCCAGAAUGCAGAGCUCACCUUGCGGCUGCUCAGAGACAACGUUCAGCACAGUCGCCUCUUCACCUGCGGCCUCAGCCGGACAGCCAAUCGGCACAUGCUGAGAGCGCUGGCCCAGGCAGGGGGUGGAGCCUUUGAAUUCUUUGACACCAAAACCAAACACAACUGGGCCGAGAAGGUGGCAUGUCAGGUGAAGCGCAUGGCAUCUCCUGGCUGCAGUUCAGUGUCAGUGAAGUGGCAGCAGUUCAAUCCGACAGCCCCCUGUCCUGUGCAAGCCCCCAAGCAGCUCCGUGCUCUGUUUAAUGACUGCCACACCCUGGUUUAUGGCUUUGUGCCACACUGCACUCAGGCCACCCUCCUUGGAAACCUGAGUGGUCAGGAGCUGCAGACCAUGGUGUCAACCAGUGAGCUGCAGAAGACCAGGGGCACAUUUCUUCACAAGCUCACAGCGAGGGCCCUCAUCAGGGAUUACGAAGACGGAAGCCUGGACACUGAUGAAGCUGAGCAUGAGGGGAAGAAGGUGGAGUUACAGCGCUUCAUAAUGGAGUUGAGCAAAGAAUUCUCCAUCCUGUCUCAGUUCACCAGCUUUGUGGCCAUCGAGGAAAGGGAUUCAGAACAAACAGUAGGCUUCACAGACAUCCCCCAGCUGAUCGCAGAGGAAGAUGUGGACUUCCUCCCCAAUGUCAGCUGGAUAUCUCCAGAACAUGGUGGAGAUGAAGAGGACGAAGUCGAUGAAAUCUCCUUUGCGAUAGCUCCGGGGGCAGAUCUUUCUGAGGAAGAUGAGGAAGAUGUUUUGGAAGAAGCUCUGUGUUCGGAAGCAAGCUCAGACUCUCGUCGUUAUUCACCAACGAGCGGCUCAGACUCAUCUGAUGAAGGGAUGGAUUAUUCACCUCCUCCUCCUAUUCACCUGGCGCGCAAGAUGCGUUCCCGUGUUCUUCAUGAAGCUCCUUAUGUCCCUCCUGUUCUCCUUCCUCCUCCAUGCCUCUCCUCACUUGCCUCUCCAGUUCCUCCACCUCCUCCUACAUGCCUCUCCUCUCUUGGCUCUCCAGUUCCUCCACCUCCUCCUCCAUGCCUCUCCUCUCUUGCCUCUCCAGUUCCUCCACCUCCCCCUCCUCCGCCUAGCAUUCAUCUUCCAGCACUCUCAAGUCCUCCCCCUCCUCCGUCUGUCAUUCGUUUUCCAGGACCCUCAAUUGGUCCUCUUUCUCGUCCUCCUCCUCCUCCCUGUGGAGCUCCUGUACGUGCUGGUCAGCCUCUCGUUAAUAUCAGGCGUCAAUCAUUGAAAGAACACCACCAUGCAGAGAUAGUCAGGGCACGAGUUUUUGGCCGUCAGUCCCUUUCUCAUGGAGCCCCCGCGCCCUACAGCAGCAGUCUCCUGACUGGAAGAGUUAGGAAUGGUUUCGGCAUCCCUCAGGUGGCUGCCGAGUCUCAUGCCUCAGGAUCCGGAUGGUCUCUCACAAACGAUCAAAGCAUAUACAGUUACAAAAUUGGAUACACAGGUUUCCAUUUUGCCCCCCGCCAACAGUUAUACAGUGUUGCAGCUCAACAACAACAGCAACAACGGUCAUUUGGUGACAUCCUUGGCUCUAAGGUUAGAGGCGAACCUCCCGGGACGUUUUCAUCAGCGAGAAAGUUAGGAGCAAAACGUCGUUUAAAGAAAAUGUGCCUUAUGGAGACUUCACCGGGAAUUCAUCAAGCCUUACAAUCAGCAGAUCCCGAAGACCUGAAGCUCAGAUGGACAAAGAUCUUCCAGAUGCAGCAUUCAGAGGGCUACUGGGAGUUAACCACAGAACUGGGAGACCUCAUAAAUAUUGAUGUAGAUCUCUUUGCCAACGUGUUCCUGAAAAGCAAGGGCAUCCAUUCCCUAGGCAUGAGAGCCCAUGCUGACAUCCUGAAGCUGCUGGCGACUCUACUGGUUCUGCAGCUGAUGAGGGUGGAGAAGCUGGAGGAAGGCAAACUGCUCCGCACCCUCUUCUGCCUGGACGGCUCCUCUGAGCCCAGGCCUGAGCGGUGGGACGAGGUGAAGAGAGCAGUGGACUGGGUUUGCUGGGCCGACCGGCAGUACCCAUGUGUCUACAGCCGGCUGGAGUUCGGUUUGAGCUGGGAGUCCUCCACCCGUCAGCUGCUGGGCUGCGAAGGCCUCCCUCCCUUCUCGCCUCUCAGCGGUCUGAAGCUGCAGAGGACCGCUGCCCCUUUACUGGUCCACUGAGCAGGCCAACAUGCUAUAGCAACGGCCACUACAGCUUGUCCUACAUAUGCAGCUGCCUUUCAGCACCUUUUACUUCUGCUUUGUAGUCUGUCAGUUCAAACAGAAAAAAAUACAAACACACUUAAUAAAUACCGGAUGGAGAGAGUUUCUAGGUGACGAUUUAGAGGACACGCAUCAUGCUGAAUCCACACAUCGCUCUCUGUCUGCGCAUAUUGUUGCAUUUUGUGCUACUGGUGUUAACCACAAGCAUCAAUGUCAGGAAUGACUCAUACGUACAUUAAUACAUAUGUGUGUAUUUGCCCAUCAUGUCACAAUGGCCUGUCUUAUGACAGAAUUUAAACUUGCUGCACGCAGAUUGUCUCAGACAUUGGAAAGGAAAGCAAGAUAAAUACCUGGAAAAUAUUGUGUGUCCACUAGAUGUGCUUUGAAAAGCUUUAGCUUUUUUAAGGAGACUUCUCUUGACACUAUUUUAUUUUUGAAUCGAUGUUAACUUGUACGUUUCAAAUCAGAGAGAUCAGAGAGAAUGUGAUCCAUUGCUUUACUCUGGUGAUCAGUGGCUUCUUCAUUAAAUACACGAUAGUUUGCU